CCGGAUGACUGAUGUAAAUGCGGAAUGGUCGAUUGUUUGUCCUUCCAUCUGCUAUCCGAAAUUACCACUCGGGGGUUUUACAAAGAUGCUGCACCUGUUUAAUUAUUCAUGACUCUUAUAUUUGUUUUGGAUGGGAAUAAUCGGUGUAUUUUCAAUUAACGAUAUGAUUGUGGUGUGUAGCGGUUUUCCGAAGGAGAAGAGCAUCCUCACCGACUCCAGUCCGCGGGAUAAGGUGUGUUACGGACCUGAGCAUCUUUUCUAUUAACUGGACUGUAGUGCCCACUCCUGUUGCUUGAUCCUGUGUGUACAUAUGAUGUAAUUGAGUUCUAAGGCAUGCAUUGGACAUUUUUAUAAGAAUCGACGCUGCCAGUCCCUUGAGUCGUCUUGAUCAUCUCACCACGCCAUAAAAGCUCUUGGUAUGGCUGCGAAGUCCUUAGAGCCUGGGUCAGUUUCCAUUCCAAUGGAGGAAACCAAGCGUGCAGGAGGAGCUCCUCCAGAUGCUGCCUUGCUGACUCACUUAAAGAAAGUCGAGAACCAUAUCACAGAGGCACAGCGAUUUUCUCACCUACCUCGACGUUCAGCAGUGGACUUAGAGUUUACAGAGCUCUCCUACACCAUUCGCGAGGGCCCCUGCUGGAGGAGGAGAGGAUAUAAGGCACUUCUGAAGUGUCUGUCCGGAAAGUUCUGCAGUCGAGAGCUUAUCGGAAUCAUGGGACCCUCAGGGGCCGGCAAGUCCACUCUCAUGAACAUUCUUGCUGGCUACAGAGAGACAGGCAUGAAAGGUCAGAUCCUGGUAAACGGGCGACCCCGUGACCUCCGUACUUUCAGGAAAAUGUCAUGUUACAUCAUGCAAGAUGACAUGCUACUGCCAAACCUCACAACUCGAGAGGCCAUGAUGGUCUCAGCUAACCUCAAGCUUAAUGAAAAUAUGGAAGUGAAAAAAGAACUGGUAAAUGAAAUUCUCACCGCAUUAGGACUACAGGAGUGUGCCAACACUCGCACUGUCUCUCUGUCAGGUGGCCAGUGUAAGCGCUUGGCUAUCGCUCUAGAACUGGUCAACAACCCUCCUGUCAUGUUCUUUGAUGAACCCACCAGUGGUCUAGACAGUGCGUCCUGUUUCCAAGUCGUGUCCUUGAUGGGAUCUCUUGCUCAGGGAGGAAGAACCAUCAUCUGUACCAUCCACCAGCCCAGUGCAAAACUCUUUGAAAUGUUUGACAAGCUUUAUAUACUGAGUCAAGGUCAGUGCAUAUAUAAGGGGACUGUACCUAACCUUAUCCCCUACCUGAAGAACCUUGGACUCCACUGCCCCACGUACCACAAUCCUGCAGAUUUUAUAAUUGAGGUCGCUUCAGGAGAGUACGGUGAUCUAAACCAUGUGCUCUUUGAGGCUGUCCAGGGAGGACUGUGCUCAGAUGAAGGCAAGAAGAACUCGACUGACAACAAUGACCCCACAGCAUCCUGUCCCACCCAAUGUCAUAAUGAUUCAGGCCAUAUUGAGAAACACACCUUUGCCACCAGUUCACUCACACAGUUCUGCAUACUCUUCAAGAGAACCUUCAUCACUAUAUGCAGGGACAUGGUAUUAACUCACUUGAGGGUGAUGUCACACCUGUUUAUUGGUGUGCUGAUUGGUCUGCUGUACCUGAACAUUGGGAAUGAUGCCAGCAAAGUGUUCAACAACACUGGGUUCCUCUUCUUCUCCAUGCUGUUUCUCAUGUUUGCAGCACUCAUGCCCACCGUCCUGACAUUUCCACUAGAGAUGCCUGUGUUCCUAAGAGAACAUCUUAAUUACUGGUACAGCCUCAAGGCAUAUUACCUGGCUAAAACCAUGGCUGACAUUCCAUUCCAGAUCAUUUGUCCAAUAAUGUACUGCAGUAUAGUAUACUGGAUGACAGCGCAGCCUCCAGAGGCAGGCAGAUAUCUGCUGUUUAUGGCACUGUCCACCUCCACUGCCCUAGUGGCUCAGUCUCUGGGGCUUCUCAUUGGAGCUGCGUCCACCUCACUGCAGGUUGCCACAUUUGUAGGUCCAGUCUCUGCCAUCCCAGUUCUUCUGUUCUCUGGCUUCUUCGUCAACUUUGACACCAUUCCUAAAUACCUUCAGUGGAGCUCCUAUGUGUCAUAUGUCAGGUAUGGCUUUGAGGGGGUAAUCCUCUCCAUCUACGGCAUGAACCGCUCAGAGCUGGAGUGUCCCGGUGUGGUGUGUAAGUUCCAAAAGCCAGAAGAGGUCCUGCAGCUGCUGGAUGUGGAGGAUGCAAAGCUCUAUGUGGACUUCAUGGUGUUGGGGGUCUUCUUCUUAGUUCUGAGACUCGCUACUUACCUAGUUCUGCGCUAUAAGGUCAAGUCAGAGCGUUAGAGCUAGGGCUAUAUGUAAUUUUACAUACACACAUAGUCUGCACACUCACAAGUUUGUUUGUCCAUCAUGGUGGGGACAUUCCAUUGACUUCUGAAAACCCUAAAAACCCAGCCCUCGCAGAAUUUUUAUUAAAUAAUUUAAUUAAACCAUUAAACUAGUUUCCUCACAAUCUAGGUGAUAUCAAGUUUUACUGUCUCUGGUGUCCCUAACAAUUUAGGCAAAAUCAGACCCAUACACACACAUGCACACAGAUAUACUAAAUGCGCAUAUCGAUCCACUUGUGUGCGCCUCAGCACAUGCAAAGAACACAGAUUGUGACACAUAAAUGUUACAUAUUGAUUCCAGAGCCAUUAUUUAGCAGUGCAACAUUAUACUCUGUUUUUGUUACUUGACUUUUUAAUCCUCCAAUAAGUAUAUAAUAGUAAAUGAAGACUAUUAUUUUUGAAUGUAGUAUUCCGUUCAGUUAAGCAUUGUAAAUACAUUGUACACUGAUAUGACUUUGAACUUGGAAGCAUGAGUCUCUGUCGAUAGGACUGGAUGUAACAACAUAGACAAUUCCAUGAUAGCUCUCUAUAGCAUGUGAAUUGGACAUGAGCCAACAUGUGAAUAAGUCUUUUACUAUCGGAUUGAUGGAUAGUCAUAUUGUCUUAAUGUUAAUGACUUUCAUUUAGACCGAGCUGAAGAACCGUAUGUGUUUUGGAAGAGAGUGCACUGCAUGCUUGGGGGCACCUUAGAACAUGCAAGCAGUAGAAUCCAGAACUGUGCUGAGCUUGGUCAGCAUAUUGUGGACACUAUGAAAUGUCUAACCAGCGUAUCUUCAAUUCCAUUAUGUCUUUUCAGUUCACGAGUCUUCCCACCAAUACUCUGAGUUUCUGCAGGAGUUUAUAGAACAAUGUACUACCAUUCCUGCGAUGACCUGCUGAAAGAACACUUUAAAGAACACUUUUACAGCCUCCAGGCAAUUCUCAAGAUUCCACAUCAGCCUAAACCUAACCAUUUGGGCAAUGUUGCAGCAAGUGCCCUUGAUGUGAACUGCCUGUAAUUUGUUUUCUAAGAGGGAACUGAAAUAUCUUGCUUGACAAACAUUUUGGCUGCCAGAAUUAAAUCUGUCCUCUUACCUUGAAUUUUCUGACAACUGCCUCUGUGGUCGCUUGAGAGAGUAGAUUGUGUUGGGCUCUCUCAGCUUCAUAAGAUAUAAGACAGCUCCCUACAGUGACCAAAAAGGAAAAGACUUCAAUGUGAAUUGGGGCUGAUCACAAAGCUCCAUUGACUUAUUGCAUUUGCCCAUGAAUGAUACAUAUCAAAUGUCAGAAAAUGAUCUGCAAUCCUGAUAUUCUGAUAUUAAGACUGUUCUAUAACAGCUCAACCUUGUUAUAUUCUUACAUGAAAACUACUUUCUGCUUCGUUGCGACUGUUUUCUAUACACUUAAACCGCACUGCUGAGGAUUUGCAGUUAGCUGCACUUUCGAAUGAGUGACACACCUGGCCCAAGAUGUGUGUCCUGAAAAACAUGGAAUUCUGGAUGGAGAUUUUAUGCAUCUUCAGUAGAGUGGUGUGCUGCAUAUGAACAUGCCUCUUGUUUGCACCUAUAUAUAUAUAUAUAUAUAUAUAUAUAUAUAUAUAUAUAUAUAUAUACAUAUAUAUAUACACUUUUUUCCCUGCUUUAUAAUCCCAAGCCAGGCUACUUAAUACUGAAAUGCAAUGCAAACAUCUUCACAACUGACUCAAUGUUUUUGAGUCCUGCUAUGUGUUAUGUCUCCUUAUAUAUAGAACAAUACUAAUAACUUGAGUAUAUAUACACACGAAAGUAUACACUGGUGGCCAAAAUUAUGUACAGAUUUUGCUCUUAUGGAAAGAAAUUGGUACUUUUAUUCACCCAAGUGGCAUUUAACUGAUCACAAUGUAUAAUCAGGACAUUAAUAACAUGAAAAAAUACUAUUACAAUUUGAAAUAAAACUUAAAAUCUUCAAAGAGUAGUGCAUCCUCCACAUGCAGCAGUGACAGCUUUGCAGAUCCUUGGCUCUCUAGCUGUCAGUUUGUCCAGAUACUCUUCCUGUAGCACUUGCCAUAGAUGUGGUUGUCUUGUCGGGCACUUCUCACGCACCUUUUACAGUUUAGCUGAUCCCACAAAUGCUCUUUUCCAAUUAUCUGUUGUCCAAUGUCUGUGUUUCUUUGCCUACUGUAACCUUUUCUAUUUGUUUUUCUAACCUUGGCUCUUUCUUUGCAAUUCUUCCCAUAAGGCCUGCACCCCGGAGUCUUCUCUUUACUGUUCUACAUGUAACUAGUGUUGAGCAGGUAGAAUUCAAUGAAGCUGUCAGCUGAGGACAUGUGAGGCAUCUAUUUCUCAAACUAGAGACUCUGAUGUACUUAUCCUCUUUGUUAAAUUGUACAUCUGUCCUUCCACAUCUCUUUCUGUCCUUGUUAGAGCCAGUUGUCCUUUGUCUUUGAAGACUGUAGUGUACACCUUUGUAUGAAGUCUUGCAAUUUCAAGCAUUGUAUAGCAUUCAUUGUAUGACUGAUGAGUUUCUAGGGAAAGCAGUUUCUUUUUUGCCAUUUUUGACCUAAUAUUGACUUUAAGACAUGCCAGUCUAUUGCAUACUGUGGCAACUCAAAAACAAAGACAAUGUUAAGCUUCAUUUAAUGAAUCAAAUAGCUUUCAACUGUGUUUGAUAUAAUGGCAAGUGAUAUUCUAGUACCAAAUUAGCAAUUUAGCAUGAUUACUCAAGGAUAAGGUGUUGGAGUGAUGGCUGCUAGAAAUGGGGCCUGUCUAGAUUUGAUCAAAUUAACUUUUUCAAAUAGUGAUGGUGCUGUUUUUUACAUCAGAAAUGUCCUGACUACAAUUUGUGAUCAGUUGAAUGACACUUUGGUGAAUUAAAGUACAAAUUUCCUUCAGAAACAGCAAAAUCUGUACAUUAUUCCAAACGUUUGGCCACCAAUGUAUUUGUUAUGCUUUAAGGGAAAUUGUAAAUACAUGUAUGCACUUUUGUUGAAGUGGUUUUAUUGGAACUUUUUGGGCAUUAAUUUGUAAUUAACUUUAUUUUUAUAUCCGUAAAUAUGACACGCACUGCUGGAAAAGGGAGUAUUAUGGAAAAGUAAAAUACAUGAUGAAUUUGGAAUCAGAAAACAAGGUGCUGCAAGGAAUUUAUGUUGCAUAUGUGUUGUAUUCCAAAAAGACUCCUAACAGAAAUUAAAUAAUCUACAGAGGAUUCAUUUUUAGGAAAUCUUUGUUUUGUUUUAGAAACAUUACCAUUGGGCUCCAAGGUUACUCCACUAUAACUCCAUUUGCGUUCUCAUUAUCGUCAGUGGCAUUAAGAGAGGCUCUUACUCAUAGUACUGUAAGGUAUGAUUGCUCUUUUUCUAGAACAAUCUGUCCACUUAAAUAUUGCACACAGAUUUGAAUAUGAUCUAUUGAUCAUCCUGCAAUCAAAGAAUCAUUGCUUUAUAAUCAGUUUUGCUUUAUUGCCAUACCAAGGUAAAACUAGGUUAUCUAAGAUCCUAGGUGAGCACCCUUGGCCGUAGAUGCUUUAAGAGCACAGACUCCAUUUUCAAAAGAGCUGCUUCAGAACAGGGAUCAAUAAAAGGCAGACAAACUAUUAGCUGUACUACAGUCAACAAUUCUGCACUCAAUAUUGUGUGAUACUAACUACUCUGCAGCCUGUUAGAUAAAGUUUGUAUGUGUUCUAUUUCCAUUGGAGUCACUUGACAGGGCUAGAAUAAGGAAAUGUUCACCAUCAAGAUUUUUUCUUGUAAUGGUACACAGACUUGACAGAAUGUGCAGAUAAAAUCUGUAGAGAGUUGGGUAAUACCUGUUCUACUGUAAUAGCAAUAGUAUUGUUCUGUGCCUAGUGAAUGAUAUUUAAUCCUUGAAUAUUCUAUAUAUUUCCAGUGGUUGUCUGUUGAUUCUCUAUUGUAAAAAAAACAUUUGAGAUGUCUGUGCCAUUAAUAUGUGUUGUUAUGGGUUGCUGUACUGGAGGGUUGAGAUAAUAAGAAUAAGAUAGUAUUUCACACACUCAUCUUGAGCAGUCAUAUUUGAUUAACAAUAUUUCAUUAAUUUACAAAUUAAUUCUUUCACAUUAUUUUUGUUUGCAUGUCUUAAUGAACAAAAAGCCUUCAUCAUCUUCUCUCAGAUUAGAAAAAAGAUAAGCAGGUAAAGUGCAAAUGGAUUUAGAGAUUUUUGAUUCCGUUUAAAAUACAUUUUUGGCAAGGUUUUGGCUUGUGCUGCAGAUUGUGUAAACCAGAGAAAAAUAUUUUUUGUCAUUAGCUUCCCAGUUGUUUUGCAAAAUAAUUAUGUUUGUCUCAUAAACAAAUGCAAGUUAUGUGUGCUAAAACAUGUUCAAAUGAUUA